UAAAAGCACAGUUCGUUUGUGAAAAUUGCAGAAAAAAAACAGCAGCAGAAUUUAACAGCAGAUACGUGGUCUUUGUUGGUGAAGAGAAUAUUUUAAAAAGAAAAACUAAAUAGUUUGAAGACAAACAAUAAUACAAAAUGCAGAUCUUUGUGAAAACCUUGACUGGUAAGACCAUCACCCUGGAGGUCGAGCCAUCCGACACUAUUGAGAAUGUGAAGGCCAAGAUCCAGGACAAAGAGGGAAUCCCCCCAGACCAGCAGCGUCUCAUCUUCGCCGGAAAGCAGCUAGAGGAUGGCCGCACCCUGUCGGACUACAACAUCCAGAAGGAGUCGACCCUCCAUUUGGUGCUGCGUCUCCGCGGUGGUAUGCAGAUCUUUGUCAAGACUCUGACCGGCAAAACCAUCACCCUGGAGGUCGAGCCAUCCGACACUAUUGAGAAUGUGAAGGCCAAGAUCCAAGACAAGGAGGGAAUCCCCCCAGACCAGCAGCGACUGAUCUUCGCCGGAAAGCAGCUGGAGGAUGGCCGCACCCUGUCGGACUACAACAUCCAGAAGGAGUCGACCCUCCAUUUGGUGCUGCGUCUCCGUGGAGGAAUGCAGAUCUUUGUCAAGACUCUGACCGGCAAAACCAUCACCCUGGAGGUCGAGCCAUCCGACACUAUUGAGAAUGUGAAGGCCAAAAUCCAGGACAAGGAGGGAAUCCCCCCAGACCAGCAGCGUCUCAUCUUCGCCGGCAAGCAGCUGGAGGAUGGCCGCACCCUGUCGGACUACAACAUCCAGAAGGAGUCGACCCUCCAUUUGGUGCUGCGUCUCCGCGGUGGUAUGCAGAUCUUUGUGAAGACUCUGACCGGCAAAACCAUCACUCUGGAGGUCGAGCCCUCGGACACCAUUGAGAACGUGAAGGCCAAGAUCCAGGACAAGGAGGGAAUCCCCCCAGACCAGCAGCGUCUCAUCUUCGCCGGCAAGCAGCUGGAGGAUGGCCGCACCCUGUCGGACUACAACAUCCAGAAGGAGUCGACCCUCCAUUUGGUGCUGCGUCUCCGCGGUGGUAUGCAGAUCUUUGUGAAGACUCUGACCGGCAAAACCAUCACUCUGGAGGUCGAGCCCUCGGACACCAUUGAGAACGUGAAGGCCAAGAUCCAGGACAAGGAGGGAAUCCCCCCAGACCAGCAGCGUCUCAUCUUCGCCGGCAAGCAGCUGGAGGAUGGCCGCACCCUGUCGGACUACAACAUCCAGAAGGAGUCGACCCUCCAUUUGGUGCUGCGUCUCCGCGGUGGUAUGCAGAUCUUUGUGAAGACUCUGACCGGCAAAACCAUCACUCUGGAGGUCGAGCCCUCGGACACCAUUGAGAAUGUGAAGGCCAAGAUCCAGGACAAGGAGGGAAUCCCCCCAGACCAGCAGCGUCUCAUCUUCGCCGGAAAGCAGCUGGAGGAUGGCCGCACCCUGUCGGACUACAACAUCCAGAAGGAGUCGACCCUCCAUUUGGUGCUGCGUCUCCGCGGUGGUAUGCAGAUCUUUGUCAAGACUCUGACCGGCAAAACCAUCACUCUGGAGGUCGAGCCCUCGGACACUAUUGAGAAUGUGAAGGCCAAGAUCCAAGACAAGGAGGGAAUCCCCCCAGACCAGCAGCGACUGAUCUUCGCCGGAAAGCAGCUUGAGGAUGGCCGCACCCUGUCGGACUACAACAUCCAGAAGGAGUCGACCCUCCAUUUGGUGCUGCGUCUCCGCGGUGGUAUGCAGAUCUUUGUCAAGACUCUGACCGGCAAAACCAUCACUCUGGAGGUCGAGCCCUCGGACACCAUUGAGAAUGUUAAGGCCAAAAUCCAGGACAAGGAGGGAAUCCCCCCAGACCAGCAGCGUCUCAUCUUCGCCGGCAAGCAGCUGGAGGAUGGCCGCACCCUUUCUGACUACAACAUCCAGAAGGAGUCGACCCUCCAUUUGGUGCUGCGUCUCCGUGGAGGAAUGCAGAUCUUUGUCAAGACUCUGACCGGCAAAACCAUCACCCUGGAGGUCGAGCCAUCCGACACUAUUGAGAAUGUGAAGGCCAAGAUCCAAGACAAGGAGGGAAUCCCCCCAGACCAGCAGCGACUGAUCUUCGCCGGAAAGCAGCUUGAGGAUGGCCGCACCCUGUCGGACUACAACAUCCAGAAGGAGUCGACCCUCCAUUUGGUGCUGCGUCUCCGCGGUGGUAUGCAGAUCUUUGUCAAGACUCUGACCGGCAAAACCAUCACCCUGGAGGUCGAGCCAUCCGACACUAUUGAGAACGUGAAGGCCAAGAUCCAGGACAAGGAGGGAAUCCCCCCAGACCAGCAGCGUCUCAUCUUCGCCGGCAAGCAGCUGGAGGAUGGCCGCACCCUUUCUGACUACAACAUCCAGAAGGAGUCGACCCUCCAUUUGGUGCUGCGUCUCCGCGGUGGUAUGCAGAUCUUUGUCAAGACUCUGACCGGCAAAACCAUCACCCUGGAGGUCGAGCCAUCCGACACUAUUGAGAACGUGAAGGCCAAGAUCCAGGACAAGGAGGGAAUCCCCCCAGACCAGCAGCGUCUCAUCUUCGCCGGCAAGCAGCUGGAGGAUGGCCGCACCCUGUCGGACUACAACAUCCAGAAGGAGUCGACCCUCCAUUUGGUGCUGCGUCUCCGCGGUGGUAUGCAGAUCUUUGUGAAGACUCUGACCGGCAAAACCAUCACUCUGGAGGUCGAGCCCUCGGACACCAUUGAGAAUGUGAAGGCCAAGAUCCAGGACAAGGAGGGAAUCCCCCCAGACCAGCAGCGUCUCAUCUUCGCCGGCAAGCAGCUGGAGGAUGGCCGCACUCUUUCUGACUACAACAUCCAGAAGGAGUCGACCCUUCAUUUGGUGCUGCGUCUCCGUGGUGGAGUCAGCGCCUAAUUUUGCUACAUUUCCAAUUAAACACUCUCAACCACACAGAACUAGUUAUUGCAAGGCUACACUAUCAAGAUAUUUCUGC